CCGCCGCGGGAUGCCCGGCGCGGCUCGGCUCGGCUCGGCUCGGCCAGCAUGAAGAAGCACCAGCCGCACUCGGUGCAGGGCACCUUCAGCCGCCUCUUCGGCAAGCGCCACUCCAGCCCCAGCGCCGCGUCGCUGUUCGCCACCAACCCGCCCUGGAUCUUCACGCAGGAGGUGACCUCGGACAGCGCGGGUGGCACCGGUGACGUGAUCGAGGUCUACUACGGUGACAAUCGCUUCGGGACCGUGACAGACUCUGGCACGGCCACGCUCAAACCCCGGCCCAGGGUCCGGCCGCUGCUGACCUUCCUGCCCCUGAAUGCCCAGGAAUCCCAUGGGGUGGCUGUGCCAACGCCGUCGGUGCCAGAAGACUUUGUGGAGAAGGCAGCUCUCGGCUCUGGCUCCCAGCUCAAUGGCAAUUAUCGGAUGUACAGCUCGGCGGGGGACCUGCGCCCGCAGGCCCUCGAUGGGGAUGCCCUGGAUGAGGAGAUCCCCCCGCCACCAUCGGUACCCCCACCACCCCCUCCAGCGCCCGUAUCACCCGCUCUGGCCUCGCCGGUCCCGCCACCCCCCGAAAUGCUGCCACCGCCGCCGCCACUGCCCCCCGAGAUGAUGCCACCACCGCCACCAGUGCCCCCCGAGAUGGUGCCACCACCGCCACCAGUGCCCCCCGAGAUGGUGCCACCGCCUCCUGCCAUGGCAGCGCCGCCGCCGCCCGCCUCUGCCCUGUCCUCCCCCAGCACUCCGGCUCCUCCAGACUUCAUCCCACCAGCCCCGCCGGGCGCCCGGGACCCCUUCGGGCCCGGCCUGUCCAAGUGGAAAUCCGAGACGCUGCUGAACACGAGGCAGGCGGAGGCCGAGGGGCCGCUCUGCGCGGCCGAGGCCGGGGCGCCCGCGGCCCCCAGCCCCAAGGAGAGCUCGCAGCCCAAGCCCGAGCCCCACCUGACCUUCCCCAGGUCGUUCAAGGUGCCGCCGCCGGCCCCGGCGCGCUCCUCGUCCAUCCCGGUGCAGGAGGGCCGGCAGGAGCCCGUCGCCAGGCAGCCUCACGCGCGGCCGCCCCUGCCGCCAUGCUUCACCAUCAGGCCGGCGGGCAGGGCGCGGCCGGGGGAGGCCGAGCAGAGGAGUCCCGGGCUCAGGCAGGGCGCUGGGAAGCCGGCUGUGCCCCCGCCGCUGAGCCCCAAGCCGGGCCCGGGGCUCAGCCAGGGCGCGAGUCCCGCCGGCCGCCGCUCGCCUCUGCCGGGCUCCGAGGGGGAGAAGGUUCCCCAGCUGAAAGCAGCCGGGGGAGACUCCCCUCCAAAACCUGAACCCCUCACUGCGAACGACCUGGAUCUCCCUCCUCCGGACUACCCGACCUGCGAGGAUGACUGGAAGGAUGCCAACAACCUGAACAAGCUGCGGGACGAGCUCUCGGCCCUGCUGCGCUCCCCGCGCCGGGAGGAGAGGCCGCUGGAGAAGCCGGGUGCUCCCCAGCCCGUGGACAGCGCUCCCAGCCCUGCUGGCAGCCGUGAGCCGGGGCUCAGCGAGCCCCAGCUGGCCAGGAAGGACACGGGGUUAUCCAAGGGAGGGGAGAGCGAGAAGAAAGAGGCACCCAGCAGCCCCCCCAGCACCAGUGGGGGCUCUCCCAGCAUUGCAGUCACCGCCCCGGAGAGCAACCCUGACACGCAGCCCCGCAGUGUGAUGACCAUCAGGAACGAGCUGGAGGCUGUGCUGUCCCUGAAGAAAGAGGGGAAGCCUGCCCCAGGGCUCAGCAGCCAGAAGCAGGGUGUGGAGAAUGGCAUCAGCACCCCACAGGUGAGGAAGAGCCCCCCUGACGUGAGGAAGAGCCCCCCUGACGUGAGGAAGAGCCCCCCUGACGUGAGGAAGAGCCCCCCUGACACGAGGGACUCAGUGGUGCCAAAGCCGGUCCCCAGCCCGCUCCCAGCCCCGGCGGCUGCUGUGGAGAAGGACAAGACAGAUCCCGAGGACCACCCUGCUCCUGCUGCUGGCAAGGUCACAGAGGACGUGAGCCCUGCUCCUGGGCCCCUCAACAGCAGCGUGAAUCCCCCAGACCCACCCCAGGGGCCGGCAGAGGAGCCCCCUGCUCCCAGCCCCCCCCCAGCCCCCGUGUCCCCUGCACUGAGCCCGGCACCACAGCCCAGCUCGGCCGUCUUCCAGUACAAAGUGCACCGGGCUGGGGCCAGCCCGGCCGAGCCGCCCGGCGCCCCGGGCUCAGCUGAGCCCCCCUGCCCCGGGAGCUCGGGCAGGAGCCCCCCGGCCCCCUCGGGAGCGGGGCAGGAGGAGGUGCUGAUCCACCCGGUGACGGGGGAGCGCGUGGAGCGGGGCUCGCCCAUGGCGCUGCUGCUGGCGGCCCGGCAGCGCGCCCAGCGGGGCCGCCAGGCCGCGGACGGGGCGGCCACGCCGAGGGCCAGGCCGGCCCUGCGGCCCAGCAGUGCCUCCUCGGACACCACCUCCACCAGCUUCUUCCGCCACGAGUCCAAGCCCUACUCCUUCACCGUGGUGCCUCGGCCGUCGGCGGCCAGCCCGGCGGGGCCCGGCUGGAGCAAAGCCCCCUCCUUCUCCAGCUCCUCGGAGCAGGGCCGGGAGGCGCGGGCGGCGGGCGAGGCGCAGCCCCCCGGGCCCCGGCGAGCCGCUGCCUCCAGCCUGCUGCGGGGCCUGCUGGACUCGGGGCAGCCCAGCCAGCCCGGCCCGGCCCGGCCCGGAGCGCCCCGCCAGGAGGAGAACGGGGACACGGCGCUGGACGUCGGCAUUAUCCCCCCGCCGCCCGAAUUCAGCAACGAGGCGGACGAGGCUCCCCUCCCGAGUCGGGAGGAGAGCCGCAAGUGCCCCAGUGUCCCUGAGGGUGGCCGGGGCUCGGCAGAGCCGCGCUAUUUCAGGUGGGCUGGCUACAGCCGCAGCUACGGGGGCAACCAGGAGCCUGCGGCUCCGCUGCCCUUGGAGAAGAGCUGGAGGAACGGCGACUUCACGCCGCAGUACCCGGAUUACAGCAGCUCCAGCGGCUUCCCCAGCCACGGCCCCAACCCGCGCCCGCUGAUCAAGAAGCGCCUGUACAUGUCGGAGCCCGACAGCUCCUACCCCCGGGCGGCCGCAGCCCCCCGGGCCUCGGGCACCCUCUCCUCCACCCUCUCCUCCUACAGCCCCGGGGGGUUCGGCUCCACGGCCGGGGAGGGGUCUCGCCGCCCGGGCCCUGGCCACAGGAACGGCCCCUCGAGCGCCCAGGGCAGGCGGGCGUCCAUGGAUGCUGCUGGGAAAGCCACGGCGUACGGCGGCGCCGCGGCUGAGGCCAAGUACAAGGGGCAGAACGGGGACUUCUCGCCCGCCAGCGUGCUGACAGCCAGCAGGCCUGCCCACGGCACCUCGCACUACGGGGGACCCUCCAACACCUUCACGGUCCGGCCCGGGACCCGCCAGCCCAUCUCCUACACCUACCAGAGCCACCGGUAGGCUGGGAAGGGGCCAGAAGGUGCCAGGGUUGGUCCUCUCCUUCUCCACGGGCACCAGGGACGGUCCCAGCCCAGCCUGAAAAUGCACUUGCUUGAGACUGCUGAUGGAGAAGCUGGGGAAUGAGCCCGAGACUGGACUUUUCUCACAGACUGCCAUGGAGAGAAGUUACUGCAGAGGGCAGGCUGCUGCCUUGUUACGUGAGCAAACGUGGUUUCCCUUUUCCCCGUUUUCCCUCCUGGGGUAUUUUCUGAAUUGCAGCCUGAUGGGCUGUCUAGGAAAGCCAAAGAGCAUCCUCAGCUCUUUAAAGAGCAUCACCACUGGAAAGAUUGAUUUCGGUUUGUUUUUUGGUUGGUUUAACUCCAGCAUGUUUGGGAGCAGGGAGACACCAACUGAGAGAUGUGCACAGUGGAAGCAGAGCAGUGCAUAGCUAAAUGUCAGGGAUUGAAAUGAGAAUGUGAGGCCAGUGGGAUAGGAGGAGAGUUUAGGAUGCCUUGAUGUCCUUAAGAGUUUGGAGCAAAUCAAUUCUGCCUUAAACCCAGCUGGAGCCGUCAGUGCCUGUCCUGCCCAGCCGGGCUCUGACCCUUCUCCAGGAGCAGCUUCGGGAGCAGGGCCUCGCUUUGCUGUGCCUUUUGGUCACUGUAAAUGUUUCUGUUGGCAAUAAUUCCUCGUGGAAGGAGGCUGUGAGGCCUGGCUGGAUGGCUGUAAAGCACUUUGGAGAUGCAGGACACGGAGCAAUCCUGUUCCUUGGCUGGUGGGUGCCAGUGACUCGCCGUGCUGCUGGUGCUCUCCCCGAGGGUUCUCUUGCCACAUCACACCCCUGUGACCCCAAAGUGUCCUUAUGAGCUGUUCCACUGAGACUUGGCUUCCACGUGUCUGAUCUGGGGACCGAGAAGCUCCGUUUCAGUGUGGCUGUUUGUCCUGGGGGGUGUGGGCAGGGACACCUGAAGGGAGCACUGGUUCCCUCUGCUUUUCCAGGUGCUGCAGGUGCAGCCCUGCCCCUGCUCCCCCGGUGCCCCCGAGCAGCAGCGGGUGCCUGUGCAGAGCUGCCAGCAGCCUGAAAGAGAGCUCCAGCUCCCAGAGCGAGCAGUGGCUCUCACCACAGCUGACCUGAGGUGUGAAUAGCCAACCUCCUGAAACUAGAAACAGAGACUCUUCCUCCUAGGUAAACCUGCUGAAAAUCACUGUAAGAUAACUGUAAAAACUUGUAGAGGAUUUUUUUCUUAUCACUGAUAAACUAAAAGCACUUUGAGACAUGCGUCUGUUCUUUUGGAAAGCACUUUCUAUUUUCAAUGCUAAAAAUACCACUGGCUCCACUCCAGCUUGCCCUGCCUGGCACACACCUGGAUGUGGCCUGCAAGCACAUCUUGCUUUACAAUUCAGCUCAAAAUCAGGGAUAAAUUUUCCUUCACAGUGGAAUUCUCAAAAGUUGUCUUGAUAUUCGAGUCAUGUCAUUGACAAUCUAUGUUUUGUGUUAUUUCCAGCUUUACCUAAUAAUUUAACAGCCCUUUCAGAUAUUGCAGCAGCUUUAAAGUAUUCUGAACUUCACUUUGCUGUGAAUAAAAUGAAAAUGCAAAUACAAUAAUCAGUCUAAUAGCUAAUUCAAAGGGCAUUUUUAUGCCAGCAAGUCACAGUGACUUAGAAGAUUUCCAUUGCUCACCCCAGCCAAUAUUAAAAUAAUAGUCUUUUAAUAUCUGGGUGUUGGUUUUAAAAAAAUAUUUAUGGAGAAAAGUGACAAUGGAGUAACUAUAAGGACAUUUAAGUGUGCCAAGUGUCAUGUGGAAUACCACCUGCCCCAAAACAUGACAUUUUCUCAAUGCAAGGAGCAUCCUGAGCAUUGUUGUUUAUCUGUAAAGUAAAUCCGUGCUCCUCCUUGAGGCGCUUCAGGGUCAUGUUUUGGUAUUGGAUGAAGUUUCACCAGUUUAACUUGAAAGCAAACAAAAGUCUCUUUGAUAAUGUUGCAACUUAAUGUUUUUUUUUUCUUCCUGAUAUUUUUUUUCUAAAAUAAUAAGCUAUAUUUGCAAAUGAGCUCUCAGAAACAAUUUUAAGGCUGGGUGGGCAAUUUCAGCUUUUGGUACUGACUUUGCCCAGAAGUGGGGAGGGCAGGCGGUGUGUGUGCAAUGUUCCACCUCAAGAAUUCUUCCAAAUUGCAAUCUCCCCAACACAAGUUGGUUUUUUUUUUUCAUUUUUAGAGAAAAAUGUGACACUCCCAUGUUGAUACCUGCUUUAAAUGUCACAUUUACUACUUCACCCAGGCACACAAUUCACGUGUAGGUGAAAUAUGGUCUUAGUGUCUCAUUACUAGCAGACAUAAUUGCUUUAAUUUAGUGUUGGAAGUGUGAUCACAGAAGUCAGCUUUAUAAAACAGCCACUCUUCAUUGAAGAACCCCACUCAGGGACUGCACAGGGCACUGAGCUGUCACUGAAUCAGCCUGGACUCUGCUCCCAGGUGCAGGACUGGUUAGCAGGCAGGUUUUCAGCAGUGGGACUCUUCUGUUCUUCAAACACUUUGGACUAUCCCUGCCUCUUUUGAAUGCAUUCAGCGAAUUCUGGUAUUUCAGGAACAACUCCCCAUUGAUUCUGGGGCCCUUGUGACAAAGGAGCCACUGUCAGAGCUGUUGGCAGCCACAGCACUGGGGACAGUGAGAUGUGUCAGGAGUGGGGACUGCAGGGGUGGGAGCAGCCCCUUCCCGGGACAGGUAACUGCCAGCUCUGUGCAUAAACUCCUCACGUUCCUGCUCCUGCUCCUCCCAGCUCUCACUACAGAAAUUCAGCAAGAGUAACAAACAAAACUAAGGGGUAUUAAAGGAGCAAAGCACCUGCCUCAGCCAGUGCUGAGAGCAAUCCUGAGGCCCGAGUGUGGAAUUAUUCUCACAUCACCCUCCCUGCUGCAGUGUGGUAAUUCCAGUCGUGAUACAACUGGAAUUAUCCCCUGCAGCUGCCUCUUCCUCACAAGUUCCUGCUAGGGGAGUGGAACAGAGCUUUAGCUGUAAAGUAUUGAACAAAGUCUCUUAUUUAUGAGUGCCACUGAACACCAACCUUCUUGCAUUAAACAUUUCUGAUGUUUGA